GAGAAGUCUUUUAAAUAUGGAGGGAAGAAUGCGAUGAUUUUUUAUUUAUGUAAGAAUGCUGUUUGAAAUUUGUCGAUUAUAACCUAUUUUGACCAAAAUAAAUAAGCAUUUCAGAUUAUUUGAAAGAGUGUUUUAAUAUGGAAAUAAACAGUAUACCCUCAUAUAUUUUGUGUAGGUAGUCCAUUCCAUAGAUACCUAUAACAGUGUGUUAUUUCCAAGAUACAUACACCUGUUUAUCUCUGAUACACCUUAUGUUAUUUCUAUUUUUAUUCCUAUAUAUAGUCUUUUAUUUGGAUUCGCUGAAAUUAAAAUUCACGAAGGUAGGCAACCAACUGCACAAUUGGACGCCAUUUUUAUUGUUUACAAAUAUUUAAAAUCGUUGAUUUUGUUAACAAUAAUGUUAUUGCUCCUGUGAGUUUAGUAUUAUUAGAUGAAAUAAUCAUUAAUCCCAUUGGAUUUUGCCAUUGUCUUUAGUGCAAAUAAUAUUGUUUAACCAUGGCUUGCUGCAUUGUUAAAACUUGUAAGAAUAACUACAGAAACAGUGGUUUAAAAUUUCACAAUUUGCCAGCAAACUGGUCAAAUGCCAAAGAAUGGAUUAAGGCUGCUGGCAAUCCACAUGUGAAUCGAGAGAAAUUUAGGUCUUAUCGGGUUUGUUCUGUGCAUUUUGAUCUGAAAUACAUGGUUAGGCAUCGACAUGAAGUUUUGUACGGUUUGCCUCCACCACUAUCCUACAGAGGCCUAACUGAGGAUGCUGUUCCGACUUUGUUUUUGCCUGAAAAGUCUGAAACUUUGGAUCUCCCAGAAGAAGCAAUUUGUGCCAAUAAAACAAAUAAUUCAAAUGGGGAAUUACCACAACCAAUAGAGUUCAUUAAGGUAGAGCCAACCGAUUGUUGUGAUACUGUGGAAGAAAUAUUUCCAGAAGAAAAUUUGGAAAUAAAAGAAGAGGAUUUAAGUGAAGAAAUUGAUAUAGAGUUUGCAGAACAGUGUAUAGAUUAUGCAAUAAAAUAUUUGAAACAACGUAGGAAGACAAAUGUAGUUAAUAGAAUUGAGUUUUUGGAGAACCUUAAAAAGGACUUACCAACAUUAGAGUGACUUUGGUAUAGGUAUACCAAUGAUAUUUUUUUAUUUAAUACAAUAUGUAUUAUAGAAGGCUGUUUUUGUGUAAAUAAAAUUUUAUAUAAAAUUG